AUGGCGAAUUUUACUCCACGAACUGAAAAGGGAAAUUUUACUCCUACAUCAUCCCAUUCCGGGAUAAGUUCACAUAGUAGCCGAAAUGAUAAUGAAGAAGUCAAUGAUAGACCAUACUAUUCUGGGAUAAUUAGUUUCCAUAGUACCAGAAAUGACAAAGGAAAAGUGACUCCUACAUCAUCCUGUUCCGGGAUAAUAUGUUCAUCACAUAGUACCAGAAAUGAAAAGGGAAAUUUUACUCCUACAUCAUCCCAUUCCGGGCUAAGUUCACACAGUAGCAGAAAUGAUAAUGAAGAAGUCAAUGAUAGACCAUACUAUUCCGGGAUAAUUAGUUUCCAAAGUACCAGAAAUGACAGGAGAAAAGUAACUUCUACACCAUCCCAUUCCGGGAUGAUAAGUUCAUCAUGUAGUGCCAGAAUUGACAAAGGAAAAUUGGCUCCUACACCAUCCUAUUCCGGGACAAUAUGUUCAUCACAUGGUACCAUAAAUGACAAGAGAAAUGUAAGUCCUACAUCAUCCCAUUGCGGGAAAAUAAGUUCAUCACAUAGUACCAGAAAUGACAAAGGAAAAGUGACUCCUACACCAUCUUAUUCCGGGAUGAUAAGUUCAUCACAUGAUACCAGAAAUAACAAGGGAGAAGUAACUCCUAUACCAUCCCAAUCCGGGAUAGUAAGUUCAUCAGAUAGUAUCAGGAAUGAAAAGGGCAAUGUCACUAUUACACCAUCCCAUUCCGGGAAAAUAAGUUCAACUAGUAUCGGGAAUGACAAAGAAAAAGACUCUCCUACGCCAUGCCAUUCCGGAAUAUUGAGUUCACAUAGCAUCGAAAAUGCUGCUGUUUUUGUUUUAGAUAAAAAGAAAGCUACUCCCAUACCAUCCAUUUGCAAGGUUAUAAGUCCACAUAGAAAUCAAUCUGAAUCAAGUGGACAUGGUACAGCAGUAAAAAGUUGUAAGAAAGAUGCAAAUGGAAGGGGCAAAAAACUUAGUACGAUAAAUGAAUUCAGUGGAGAAAGCUUAUUAAUUCAAACACCGAAAAAUUUCAAUACUCCUUGCUCAUCGUAUGGUAUCUUACCAUAUGGUAAAAAACUAGGUGCUACUGUCGAUAGUUCUGGUAGCAUUUCUGAUCAAGAGCAAUGUAGCAAUGAAUCGCUUAUUGAAAAGCAAUUGUGUUCAUACAUUUAUGAUGAAGAUCGACAGGAAAAAUCUACACAGACGAAACAUGCUUUGCAACCACAACUUUUAGAGGAACUUUGUGAAUCUGAGUCUGAAGAAAAUAUACUUAAAAUUGUCUCUUCCAGUCCCUUAGAACAAUUUAUCGCCGAAUUCAAUUUCACCUGCGAAAAAGACGUAGAACGCGCAGAAAUUCUCGUAGAAAUUGACGAUAAAUUUAAACAAAUUGAUCGUGGACAAAUCAUUUGGAUAGACAACUUAAAUAAUGGAAAUUAUCAGACCAUUGACAUUAAAAGCAUGACAAAUUCGGAUGAGCCACAGAUAGUAUAUCAUACAUCCGAACAACCAAGUAGGAAUGUGGUAAAUCAGAACAAUAGUGUUAAUACUCAUGUGAACAGUGCGGAAGGCAGGCCUAUAAACUCCUCUCAAAUGGUUGAGAAUUUAGAUGAGCCACAACUGCCAUAUUAUCCUCGCAACAGGUCAGAUUGGCAUUAUGGAGCAGAAGAACAAUACAAUUCGCACGUAUGUAACUCCAGAUUGAAUAACAAUUCAAUCAAUAUGGAAAAUGGUAUUAAACCAUUAAAUCGAAAUAAUACUCAUGUUAGUAAUACUGCGCACGGAGCGAAGCGUAGACCAAUGAAUUCUGGUCAAAGUAAAACUUAUGACUACAUUGACGGAAGAAACAUGACGUAUUCAGAUGAGCCACAGGCGUCAUAUUAUACACGCAACCAAUCAAAUAGGCAUUAUGAGACAGAAGGCAAUUUCAAUCAUAUGAGUGAUAAUAUUGAACCAUUGAAUAAAAACAAUGUUUUUGUUAAUAAUCCGGUGAACAGAGCGAAUCGUAGAGUAAUAAAUUCAUCUGGAAGAUGUAAUUACUAUUAUAUUGACACAGAAAACAAAAUGAACCCAGAUGAAUCACAGUUACCAUAUUAUCCUUGCAGCCAAUCAAAUAUGCAUUAUGAAGUAGAAGAUCCUUAUGAGAUAAAUAUGGGAAAUGGUAUCGAACAAUGGAAUCAAAACAAUGUCCUUCUGAAUACUCCUGUGUACAGUGCGGAACGUAGGCCAAUAAAUUGUUCUCAUAGUGGUAAUUAUGAUUAUAUUGAUAUGGAAAAUGUGACAAAUUUACAUGAUCCACAGGUGCCAUGUUAUCAAUGCAAUGAAUCAAAUUGGGAUUACGGAGUAAAUAAUGCGCAGUAUAAUUCACAAAUACAGAACUCCAUGAGGAAUGAAAUUGAACAGUUUAAUCAAAAUGAUUUGUUGGCUAGUCCUUACUUACAAGAAAUUAAACCAAUAAAGUACUGUCAGGCUAAUAAUAUUGAUACUAGCAUUCCUACGCAAAGAAUUAGACAUACUGAACAUUUUAGAGAAUAUGUUCCAUCGACGAUUCGAAAUUCGAAUCAAAAUUUGAAUCGAAAUUGUUAUUACGAACAUCAGUCAAUGAGUAACCCACGGUUUUCUAGUUUUCAUCAAAGGUCAGGCAAAGAAACUUCUGACCAAACUGAAGUUGAAUAUAAUAUGCAGGAUCAGUUAGUUACAGAUUAUAAUCCAUUUGCAAAUGCUAGAAAUUGUUAUUACAAACAACAGCUAAUGAGUCCCCGAAGCUUUUCUAGUGUUUGUGGAAGGCCAAGGAAAAAACGUGACAAUCAACAUAUGCAGGUACCAACAAGGCAAUAUUGUAAGCUUAAUCAACUGAGAUAUAACCCACAGAAUUACUAUAAAGACAUCAGGCAACAUGAAAAGAGAUUUUUAACUAGACACCCAUAUAAUCAAGCUGAGUGCCCAGCUCGAGUUCAAAAGUAUGAUUAUAGAGAACCAGCUCGUCCCAGUGUUAGAAGAACUAACAUUAAACGUUUACCUAUUAUACUAUUGCCAAAAACACAAUUUCGAAGUAAUGCAUAUUUGUUACGUAAAUUGAUACCUAAUCGUGUUUCACAAACGUUGCCUAUGGGUUUUGAAAACAGACAAUCGUUAAUAACAAACAAUAAUAGACAAACUGAAUUCUUUACAAAUUCUUCAGACCAAGGUACACAAACAAAUUUCCCACAAGUUGUUCAUGCUAAUAAUGAUAAACAUAGAAUCAGUAAACAAUCCUGGCUUCACAAUGUCCAGAAAAUCAAUGAUUCGUUAAUGACCAACAAUAAUAGCCGAACUGAAUUCUUCAAAAAUUCUUCAGACCAAGGCACACAAACAAAUUUCCCACAAGUAGUUCAAACUAAUAAUGAUAAAAACAGAAUCUCUGAACAAUCGUGGCUUCACAGAGUCCAGAAUAUCAACGUUUCAUUAAUGACAAACAAUAAUUGCCAAACUGAACUCGUCACAAAUUCUUCAGAACAAGGCACACAGACAAACUAUCCACAAGUUGUUCAAAAUAAUAAUGAUAAAAACAAAAACAGUCAACGAUUCUGGUUUCCCAGUGUCCUGAAUACCGAAGCAAACUCGCCUGAAUCAUCUUCCUCCUCUUCGACUCUAAAGGCAUCAGGUCAUGUGACCGAUGAAACACCAUUAAAAUCUACUCUGCCCGAUCAAUCCUCACAAAAACCUACAACCUCACCUCGAUUACCGGCGCGUGAAAUGUUUGCAAGGCUGUUAAACCAAAAAGGUGGUCGUAAUCCACUUAUAUUCAUGAGCGAUAUACUUCGUGAGCUUUCUAUGAUUAGUCCAACUUCAUCUAUCAAUAAAGCUGCUACAGAGUGUUUUACGCCAGAUCCUCUACAUAAAUCCGCUUGCUCUACUCAAUCUCCUACUAGUGAGAUACUAUGGCAGAACAAAAUUUUUGAAUGUUCUGAUACAGAAUCAGAUGAUUCAAAAAAGCGGAUCAAUAACAUAGAUCAAAGAUGCUAUAGAGUAAAUGAACUGGAAGUUCAAGAAAGUCGGAAUUGCGGACAAGCAUUGUGCCCUAUUUUCGAAAACGAAGAUAAUGUAGUUGUAUAUGAUAUAGACAAAGGUUAUGUAUUUGAAGAGUUGACAGGCCGAACUAAAAUAGAUGGUGUACAGGUAAAUAGCAAAAAGUUUGUGCAAGUAUUGCUUGGGAAAUAUUCUGGCCUGUAUGAAAAAGUGUCACACCUUGAAAAUCGCCAUGGUGAGCUUUUAAUCAUCAGCUAUGAUAAACCAGAAUCUAUAGCAGAUGAUGCAUUGAAUGAAGGAGCAAACGUUGCAAGCGACAAUAAAUUAUUAUUAAUAGAAUCCAAAGAAGAAGAGUAUUACCAGUAUAAGAUCGUAUCUGCCAAAAAAGGCGAGAAAAUGAUAAUUCAAAAUUGUCCGAAUGAUACCCCACAACUGAAGCGUUCCAUACAACACAUAAGAGAUGCAUCAGAUUCCUUUAAAUGGACACGUGAAAAGGCUGAGGCCAUCAAUCCUGAGUGGGUUCCUGAUGAUUUCCCAAUUCCUGAUGUGUUGCGAGAUUGGCCUGAAUCUACCGAAAGCGAGAUAAACAUGGAUGCAGACGAAAAAAAAAUAAGACGUCAAGCACUCGAAGAAAAAGAACGAAUAGACCAAGAAUAUGUUAGUAAAGAUGUGGAACAAUUUGACACGAAUCCAAGCAGGGCACGAUUACCGGCUGAAUUGCUGGAAGAUGAAGAUUCAGAAGAAAUUGACCACGCGAAAUAUGAGGAAAAUCGGUGGGAUCGAGUAUUUUAUGAUGAUUCGAAAGUAGUGCCAAGAUUUGUUGAUCCUAUAGAGCCAGAAAGCGUCACACCGAAAUUUGACUAUUCUCAUUCCUUUGGAUUCGAUGCCAAUACCAGAACCCAUAUAAAUUUUAAAAAAGAAGAUGAUGAAGCCAGCGAUCAUAAGGCUAGUAAUGAAGACAAUAAUCUUAAUAUUGAAGACAAUAAAAAUUGUGAAUUUAAUAACAAUGAGAAUGAUGAAGUCAGUAUUAUUGAUGAUCAUAAACCUAAUAUUGAUUACACUUCUGAAAAUGAUCUGGUUACUUAUAGUGACAACAGGAAGUCCGUAAAAGAUCCUGGUGAUUUUGAUAAUGGAGUUGUUGUCAUCCUAAACAAUAUUGACAACACCAAUGAACAAAAUAGCAUUAUUAACAAUAAUAUUUCUAAUAUGAAUUUUGGUGAAAUAAGUGGUGAAGAUAAAAAUAUGGAGAUCGUAAAAGUAUCUAAUGACUUUGAUGAUAGAACUGUUUCCGACAUAAACGAUAUUAAAACUGAUGAACAAAAUAGCAUUGGCAAUAAUAAUAUUUAUGAUAUGAACGCUAAUAUUGAAAUGCCGAACAUGAACUCUGAAGAUAAAGUUAAUGGAACUUUUGAUGAAGAGACUGCUGAAUUCAGUGAUAUCGUGAACAGUGAUGUUUCCAAUAAUGACGUAAACAAUGAUUCAAAGAAAAGUAUCAAAGGUACAUCGAUUUAUAAUUUUGCCAAUGUAAAAAUUCAUGAUAUAUUAAAUAAAAUUCAUAACAAGAGCAAAGAAGAAAAUGAUGUCAGUAAUAAUCACGAAAAAAUCAAUGAUGGUGUUAAUAAUAGAAAAGGUAGCAAUCGAGAUUUUAAAAACGAUAUAUACCAUGAUACGGAUGAUAAAAGUAUGGCCUACAAACAUCGUGAAAGAAUUACUGCAAGUGCAAAUGUAUCAGAUCGUUUACCACAUGCUUAUUUUGACAAUAGAUUCAAAGGCUUGGGUGGUAAAAAUAACAAACAUAAAACUCAACAAAUAAGUGAUUAUACAAAAGAUGAUAGUGAUAAUGAAACUGUUUUUGAUAUCAAACAAGAUGAUGAAGACCAUGUCUGGGCUAAAGAUGAACAUAACAAAAAUUCAGAUGAAGAUGUUGAAAGUAGCAGCGACCACAUCAUGCAAAACGAAAUGAAAGACUCCAAUAUUGAGAAACAGAAUUUAAGUCGCAAUAAUAAAUUUCGUUUGAUUGAUAAUAAAGGUCAAAUCCAUAAAAUGCCAACAAAGAAUGGAAGAAAGAUGAUGAGCCGCACGAGGAAAAUCAUCAGAAUGUAA